UCCUUUGCAGACCAAGCUAGAGCAAUGGAAAUCACCAUUAGUGAGGUGCUACCAAACACCACGCACAGAUGGUGCAAGUGGCAUGUCCUUAAGAAGGUGAAAGAAUUUCUGGGCGCGUUGUAUGGUAAACAGAGCGAAUUCAGAGCCGAUUUCCACAGGUUGGUUUCUGAGAUGUAUACGGAGGAUGAGUUCGAGAAGGGGUGGGCGACCCUCAUUGUGAGGCACGGUCUACAGAAGCAGUCAUUCUUGACGCAGAUAUACGAGGUGCGGCGGAAAUGGGCUAAACCAUAUUUCAGGGAUGUAUUCUGUGCAAACAUGACCAGCACUCAAAGGAGUGAGAGUGCAAACCAUGUACUGAAAGGAUAUGUACCACCAGGGUGUCCAAUGCAUUUGUUUGUGAAGCAAUAUGAGAAGUUGCAGUUCGACAGAGAUUCGGAUGAAAGUUUUCAGGAAAAGAGGACUGGGAUCGUGAUUACCUAUUACUUCAUGUUUUUUUUUCAUUUCUGGCUAUGUGUCAUGGCGUUUUCAAAGUUAAAAAUUGAGACGAGUACUUAUUUGAUUGUUGCAGGCAGGGGUGGUGCUUAGGUUCAAUCUACCACUCGAAAUACAUGCAAGCAAGGUGUACACAAGUACCAUGUUUGAGCAGUUUGGCAAGCUUCUUUAUGAGGCUGGACAGUACAUGGUAGAGGAAAUGGAGCAUCCAAAGCUAUACCUGGUUAGACACGAGAAGGCAGCCCAGAAAGAGAAAUGGUUUAAAAUUGUGUUCAGGGUGGCGGUUGACAUCGAGACAGAAGAAGUUAACUGUGAGUGCGGGCUGUUCGAGCAUUCAGGCAUUCCGUGUGCUCACUCUUUGAAGGUCAUGCUUCAUUUGGGUUUUAGGACCCUUCCGGCGAGGUAUGUACUGAAGAGGUGGACAAGGGACGCAAGAGACGUCCUGCCUCCACAUCUAAUCCGGUACCAGAAAGAUCAGGUGGUGCUUGCCUGCCGAACGUACAGGCAUACAAGCCUUCAGAUAGCUUGCUUGGAAAUACAGGCUUUAGGGGAUGCCAACGUUGAGUGCUACACGGAGGUGAUGCAUCAACUGGCAAGGCUAAAAGCGAAGGUUGAGCCCAUGAGCAAUUGAGCAAGCUGAAGGAUGGCAUGGGCGUCUACGAGCAUGAAGUAACGAGGACUACGGGCACCCCUGACAAGAUAACCUCUACCGGUGUAAGAAUUUGAGAGGGAGAUAGAUAGUUCAGCAAACAAGCGAGUCGUUGUCGACAUCGUGUCAGAACCAACUCGGAAAAGGCAACCCGGGAGGCCAACAAACAGGAGGGAUAAACCACCAUAUGAGCAAAGCAGCAAAAGGACCAGGUUUUUGCUAGAUAUGCAGGAAGUCGGGGCACAAGAAUAUCACUUGCCCGGAUCGGGGUGACACACCUAAGAAGCCGAGAAAAGAACCAACAUGCUCGAACUGCGGUGUGGGAAGGGCAGCUGCGGGAAUUCUAAGAUACUGAUGGCAUAGAUCUUGUUACGUACAUUUUGUUUUACCUGGGCACAUUAUGUUCUGUCAUGCUGGGCAGUUUUUUCCCUCGAUAAUUAGUUCUCAAUGUCUGUCACUUGUGUUCAGUCCGAUAGCCUCUGUAACAAUUACAAUGUGUUUUGGCACUUGUUUUUUUACAUUUUAUAGCUGAAAGUGCUGAGUAGUUGUAACAUUUCCAGAAACAUUGGGGUGUUUUUUUUCCUGA